AUGGAAAUCGAAAAAUGGAAAUCUUAAUGCAGAUACCUUUAAAUUGAAUUAGAUUCUAUGAAAUAAUAACUAUAAGAUGCCAAAGACCUAAUAAGAUUGAACAAAGAAUAAUUAAAAAUUUGUUAUAAUCCAUAAUCAUUUAAUUAAAGUUCAGAAUGUAAGGCUGCAUUGGUUUUACUAAAAUUUGUUUAAGAGGAAAAUGAAAUUUUAAUGAAAAAAAUUGAAUAAUUAAGUGAUGAAAGAAACUUAGCAUUUGAUAAAGUAAAUCGAUAAUUUAUAAUAUCUAUAGGCCUUUAUUUCAGAAUAAAUUAAUGAAUCGAAUUAAAGGGUUGAAUCUUCGAUGAUUAAUAAUCUAAAUAGAACAAUUACAGAAUUAAAAAAGAAGUUAAAUGAGUAGGUAUAAAUGUCAAAUGAAAUGAUGGGAACGAUUUAUUUAGAAAAACAUGUAGUUUUAAAAUUAUUUUCGAUAGUUAACUUAACCAGAAUAGUUGACUUUAAGUUUUAAUAAUGUAAUUUAAUAAAUGAAUUCAAUGUUAUUAAAAUAGAAAUUACAAAUAGAAGAAUUAAUUGAAUAAAAAAAUGAUUUAGCACAAUUAAAUUUUAGUUUAUCAAAUGAAAUUCUAAAAAUGAGAACUUAAAGAUUCACACCCAGAAAUUAGACAAAAACAUUUUGUAAUUAUAAAAAAUAUUUUAUAAUCUAGUUAGUUAAAAUGAAGAUCCAUCAAAAUUCAUUAAUAAUUUAGUAUAAUGUAAAAAUUGUUUAUAACAUUUAGUACAAAAGAGAUUAUUUUUUGAUGAGGAUUCAUAAGAUGAAAAAAUGCAAAUGUAAUAAUCAGCUGUAGCUGUCUUCUCUCCUCUUUUCUCUCCAACAUUGCCAUAAAAAGUAAAAAGAUAAUAAAAAUAAUAAAUAUCAAAAGAUUUAAAGUAAGAACCAGAAAAAUUCAUACCUAAACUUGAUUUAACUAAAGCAUAACAAAUAUAAUAAUUUAAUAUUAAAAGAAUGUAAUUACUUGCCAAUAAAUUAGCAAAUGAAGGUGUUGAUUAAAAAAUUUAUAUGUAAUUAUUUAAUUUAAUUUUCAAGGCUAUAGGAUGAAUUAUUAAGAACUAAAAAUAAAUAUCAUGCUUAAUUAGUAUUGAAUUAACAAUUAGAUUUAUAAUUAACAGAGUUGAAUCUUUAAAUGAUGGAAUUAUAAAAUGUCAAUGAAACAUUAAUCAAAUCAAAUUAGAUGUAUGAAGAAAAAUGGUCAAAUAUAUAUUCAUAGUUUUAAUUUUAUAAAGAGUUUUAUCUUAAACAUAAAGAUUAAAUUUAGCAUAAUUUAUAAUCAUUUGCUACAUCUGAUGAUUAACAAUAAUUUAGUGUUUUUGAAUUUGAGAAAGUAUUGAACUCUUCUAAAGUUUAUAAAAAGAAUCCUAAUUAAAAAAAUAACAUAAACAGUAAUCCUGGUCUAAGUAUAAUUAAUUAUUAAGAUGAUACAAUUUAACAAAUAUCUUGUAGACUUCCUACAGAUAGGUAAGAAGAGGUCAAUAAAUUCUUAACUUAAUAAUAUAAAUGUUGUUUAAUGAUGAUGGCAAAAGAGGUCAUCUCUUUAGAUUGUCAAAAUGUUAAACCUAUAUUAAAUGACCAUAACAAAGUCAAGAUAAAAAGAAGUUACAGCAAUACUAUAGAGUAUUUUCCAGUCUUUUGAUGCCCAUCAGUUUACAUGUAUUAUCAUAGUUCUGAC